AAAUGAACAUGUGUUUUGGGCCGACUUUAGAAACUUGGUUCUGUGAUAAAUUUGGUUGGUUUGGUAGUUUACUCCGGUUUGUUAAAACCGAAUAUUAAUUACUUUUUUUUUUUAUAUAAUUAUGAUCACUAAUAAAAGACCAUGCACUCUCUAGUUUUAGUGGGAUUGAUCGAAAUUAUUAUGUUCCCUGACUUUAGGGUAAAAGGAAAAACGUACUCCAUCUAAGUGAAAAUUAAUCCACGGCAUGAUAGAAGGAAAAGUAAUUGAAUUUCAAUUAGCUAAUCAUGAUUUAAAUGUUAAAGAAAGGUCAGACGUAUGUAAUAUGGCUUUUAAAAAAAAGUUGGGUGUAGCCAAAAAAAAAGAAAAGAAAUUAUGGGUUGUUGGAAUAUUUAAUUAAAAAAUAGUUUAUGUAAUUUAUCAACCGAAUCAAAUUUUGUCCUCUCUCCAACAACCUUGUGUCAUUAUGUAGAGCAUCAUUGCGUUGUUCCUUUUGCAAUAGCAUGGUCUCGACUUCUCUAUUCGCUUAAAAUUCUUAAUUCUUCCAAAAAGGUUUGUUAAAUAAUGAAUUUCCAAAUUAUAUACAAAAAUUAAAAUAUUUUAAGAAGCACAUAUAUAUAACCGUGAGAUAUUAGCUGGUUUUUGAAAGUAAACUAACAAUCUAAAUACAGUAAAAAGAAGAAAAUUGAUAAAGAAAUGGAUGACCUACCAAUCAAAGCCAUCAUAUAAAAAAGUACAUAUACAUAUUCUAUUACUUUAGCUUCAAGCAUCUCAAUAACACUUCAUUACUACUUGAUCAAGAAAAACAAAAAGAAAACGCAGAAGCUGCUCACAAAACUCUCUAUCAAUGGCUGCUCCAAUCGCUAUAGGAACACGAGGAACUAUCGGAUCGCUUGUACGUAAAGAAAUCGACUACUUCAAAAACUUCACUACAUGUCAUCCUCAGUUUGAUCCACGGAGAGGUAAUUCUGAAGAAAACACCGACACGUUUCAACAAAGAAGAGAACGGUCAUCAUCAAGGCUAAGUUCUUGGUUCUCUAAAACUAAUUGGAGAAAGAAGAAGCGGCAGACUCGUGGUGGCGCUGGCAAGUUUUUGCCGAGUAUGUGCGCGGCGGUGGAGGUUUCCGGUGAGAAUCGAGUUCCGGGUUUCAACUAUAGGAUCUUGAAGAGUGAUCGUGAGAAGGGCUUGCGUGUGUAGAGAGUAGUAAUUAUUUAUGUGGGUAAAGACAAUGAAAUCUUCAUAAACUUUUUUUGUUUUUUUUUUUAAUUUUCAAAUUUAAAUUAUGUGUGAAUGUGUUACAUAUUACAAUGUCAAUGGGCAUAUUUUCGAACU